GUCACAUGAUGAUGACGUCACGCACUCGCCCAGACUCCAGUGUGCUGUGUGUGAUGGUGGCGGAAGAACGGUGAGCGUGUCAUGGAGAAAGACUUGGUGCGGCAAUGUCUCAGCUACCACGGCCCCAGCCUGUUGUCCCUGCUGAGGUGUGAGCAGCAUGAACAUGGCGGCUUCAGGCAGCUGCUGGGAGAGCUCUCCAAGUGGCCGCAGUACAGAAAGGAAAGGACUCUUGACAACAUUGAAAUUCAGCAGUUUAUUGCUAGGAAAGCAGACCUUCUCUUUGCUCUUUCGUGGAAAUCAAAUUUUCGGGAAAAUGCAGAAGCGCACGAAUCAUCUGAAGGUUGCUAUGCAGUCAUGUCCCCUUUGGAACAAUUCAUGGAGGUCUCCAGUGGUCAGAAAAGAGAAUUGUUCUUUAGAGACAUUGAACGUGGAGAUGUUGUAAUUGGAAGAAUAGCUUCAAUUCGGGACUUUGGAUUUUUCAUGGUGUUGAUCGCGAUGGGCAGUGGCAUUUUGAGAGCUGUAGAACCAUUAGAAAUAAGUGCAUUGUGUCCUCUUAGAGAUGUGCCUCCUCAAAGUAACCAUGGUGAUCCUUUAUCAUAUUAUCAAAUUGGAGAUCUAAUUCAAGCUGCUGUAAAGGAUAUUGACCGUUACCAUGAAAAGAUUACUCUGUCCUUGCACAAGUCUUCACUCCCAAGUCAUCUGUCUCAUUUAAAGCUUGGAGUUAUAAGCUCUGAAGAUAUGCCAGAAUACUACAAACACAGUACUGCCUUCUCCAGCAGCAAUGAGACUUAUGAAAAGGUCCUGCGGCAAUCUGUGGCAUUUUCCAACCCAUCUACUGUUGAAUUCCUUCUGAGUACUCUUGGAAUUGAUGAGUCUAAGCCACCGUCAUUAAUACGAGGCCUCCAGAGGGAGAAUUUUUCUGAACAAGACUAUGCUCCUUCUUUAAGAAGAAAGCAGUCCUCAUCUUGGGCAUUGAAGUGUGUGAAGACAGGCGUCGAUUACUUUAAGCUGGGUCGUCAUGUUGAUGCUAUGAAUGAAUAUAACAAAGCUUUGGAAAUUGAUCCCAAAAAUGUAGAAGCUUUGGUAGCCCGAGGUGCCUUAUAUGCUACAAAAGGCAGUUUAAAUAAAGCAAUUGAUGAUUUUGAAAUUGCCUUAGAAAACUGCCCAACACAUAAGAAUGCAAGAAAAUACCUUUGCCAAACACUUGUGGAGAGAGGUGGACAGCUGGAAGAGGAGGAUAAACUACUGAAUGCAGAGACUUACUACAACAAAGCUCUGACAAUAGACAAAUCCUUCACGGAGGCUGAGGAGGCACUGAACAAAGUGCGCCAAUGUAUACAGAAAUCUUUGGAAAAAAGAGAGAAACUUGAAGAAAAGGAAGAACAAACUAAAGAAAAUAAAAUAGAAACCAGUGCAGAAAAAUUGCGUAAACUCCUAAAAGAAGAGAAAAGGUACAGAAAGAAGAAACGCAAAAGAUCAUCUUCCUCCUCAAGUACUUCAUCAGAGAGCUCUUCAUCUUCUACUAGUCAUAAAAAAUACAAAAAAAGAAGUAGGAGUAGAAAACAUUCCGUAUCUUCAAGCCACUCACGGAAGCAUUUGAGUGUCUCAAUUCAUGAAGAACAGCUUACCCCACCUGCCCACACGUCAGCCUCUUUUUUUAAACAAGAUUAUCGCCAAAUUUGUGACAAGCAAGAUAGACCUCAAAAAUCCCUGGACUUCAAAACAAGGAAUCGAUCCCUAUCUGUGUCGUCUUUGGAGUUUAUAGAUCCUGCUGGAGGUAGGUCUGAAGAUUCAAGAGAUUCCUACAGUUGUGCAAAAACUCAACCUAGCGUUGGCAAAUCAAAAAGUGCAUGUUCGGCUAGUAAGUAUAGAUCUGGUAGAAGAGAUUCUUCAGACUCUUACAACAGAAGAGCUGAAGGGAGGCACAGAGAUGAUUUUGAAGAUUGUCAGAAAGACCUCAAAAAAAUAUCCAGCUGUAAGUCUUCUGUGCGAGACGAUGGGACCAGUGAAAGAAGGGUUAGUGGUGGUGGUAGGUCACAUGAAGAGUCUCUCCAGGGAAGGGCAAAUACAUCUCAUAACGAAGCCCAAAAUGGUAACAAAGACACCAGUAAGACUUUACCUGGCAAUCUAUUAAAUAUUCUCAACCAGAUUGCUGAGUUUGAGAAGGAAAAAGGUGUUAAGCAAAAAUGUAAAUAAAAUGUUCUUCCUUUGCUAAAAUAGGCCUUAAUUCUGUAAGAGAAAUAUAUUUUAUUGGUUUAUAAUGGGAUAAAUCAGAAGGUUUGUAAUAUGAUAUAUACAUUUUCCAAGAUUAUAAAAUUAUUAUUUUUUUUGCCCAUGACACUGGCCGUACUAUGAUUAUGCCAUAAUUUAUAGUGUUUUGUCUUUGAUAUAUUGCUGUGCACAAGGUGUCUUUAUGUGCACUUAAAUGAAUAAGUUGCAACACAAUCCAGGAGUGAGCUACUGAUGUAUAGGCCACCAGUCAAACAGUCGCUCACUGUGGUCCACUGCUAUUUCGAGCACAUCUGUGCACUUUCUGGUGUCUUCGAACUGCAAAGGUGUGUACCAAAUGGUGCAGUAUCUUGUGUUAUAUAUGUUUUAAUAAACUCUAAAUAAUGUGAGUCCUGUGCUUGUCACUUUAUAUAGUCCUACUGUCAAACAUCUAUGUACAGGUAUUAGAGGACCCCGUUUCCCUACGCCAGCUUCAGCAACCUGAACCUUUGAAUCCCACAGGAAAAGUUUGCUUCAUUUUUUAAUUUUCAAUUGUUAGCACCAAAUUCUGAUUCUUCCGUCAUUAUGGUGUAACAGAAAAAUAGAUUUAUCUGACCAGGCUGACUGUUUGCACUGCUUAGUGAUCCAAUUAUUGGACUUUUAGAUCCAUUCAAGUCUUGUUUGUUUGCCUUAGACAGCAUUGGCAAUCAAACUCGUUGUCUAUUAUAGCCAAUCUGUGCCAAAAUACAGCAGGUUGUGCAUUUCAACAUGUUGGAGCCCCAUCAUUUUAUAUGGCUGUAGUUUGCUUGACUGUGCACUAUACCUGACAUCCUGCUUUGAUACCUUUUCAAUAGGGCUGCACAGUUUUGGGAAAAUGUGCGCUUUCGAUUAGAGGUAAAUAUUGCAAUUUUACUUUGCAAUAUAAUAAACAUAUGACAAUCUUCCCAUUUCACGUCUAUUCCCCAUUUCACAUCUAUUCCCCAUUUCACAUCUCCCCACAUAUUGAAAUUUACAAAAAUCAUUUGUGAUUGUGAUAUUAUGCAGCCUCAUUUUUCAUUGAUUUUGUUUACCUUUACAGAACCUGCAUUGGCAUGAUGUUUACAUGUACAGAGAAUGGUCCUGUAUGUUCUCAACACUGUUACAUGAGAAUACCCCACAAGUUUGGCAGUUUUUAAAAUACUGGCCCCAGCUAUUCUAACACUGCAAUGCUUAAUUCGCUGUUCCUCAUUCUAAUGUGGAUUCACACUAAAACUCGACAGCUAACUGGAUGAUAUGGUAACCAAAACCAUGUACUGGCACUAAGUCUUAGUAGCCCACAGGCCACAUAAAUUAUAAACACUGAACAAAAAGGCCAAAGUGUGGUAU